AUGAACGAGGCGCAGCUUCGUACGCGCCUAGCGCAUCUGAAGCAGGUGCGCUUACAGUCUAUGAGCAAGCGUGCGUCUAUCGUCUGUGGCGAUGGCCUGUACGACGAGAGCCCCGACUACUUGAAGAUCGAGGAACACAUGUGCACGGUGCGCAUCGAGGCCAUUGAGCAUGAGCUGCAGGCACGCAACCUGCCGGUGUCUCACACGCCCAACUCUAGGCCCGCGUCGGCACUCGCGGGCCUCUCUGUGCCUUCCCCUGCUCCAGCCUCGGCAGCUCGACGCCCCGCGGCGGAUACCACUAUGAGCGAGCCGCCGCGGUCCGGGGCGAGUGCGCCACCGCCGUCUGACGAUGUGGAUGCCGAAUUUGCCAUGAUACCCAACGACGUGAUCGAGGUGCUGGAUGCAUCGCCACCGCCAGCGCGCCCUGCGGAGCGGCACCGGUGGGACGACCAGGUGCUUCAUUCUCUACGCCAUAUUUUCCAUCUGACGCAGUUCCGGCCGGACCAGCGGGAGGCGAUCGAUGCGACGCUCGCUGGGCGCGACGUGUUUUGUCUGAUGCCGACGGGCGGCGGCAAGAGCCUAUGCUACCAGCUGCCUGCUACAGUGACCCUCGGCAAAACAGAUGGGAUCACGAUUGUAAUUUCUCCCCUGCUCGCGCUGAUCCACAACCAGGUCCAGAGUCUCUUGCGUAAAGACAUACCGGCUCUGUCCAUCACGGGCGACAUGUCCGAUGCACAGCGGCAGUAUGCCAGUGAGGAGCUCUGCCGCCCAGAUACCCAUGUGCGCCUGCUCUAUGUGACGCCCGAGUUUAUCUGCAACUCGCGUCUCGCGACCCGCCUCUUUCAGCAUCUGCAUCGGACGCGGCAGUUGGCGCGCUUUGUCAUCGACGAGGCGCACUGUGUGGACCAGUGGGGCCACGACUUUCGUCCCGACUAUGUGCGCUUGGACUGCCUACGGAAGGAGUAUCCGGAGGUGCCGCUCAUGGCGCUGACAGCCACGGCGCGGAUUGACACGGUGGAAGGCAUCCAGAAGCACCUGGGCAUGCGGCAGACGCUAGUCCUCCGGCAGUCAUUCAACCGGCCGAACCUCUCGUACAGCGUGCGGCCCAAGCGGCGGGGCGGUGGCACACUCGACAGCAUGGCGACGCUGAUCCAGGAGCGUCAUGCGGACGAAUGCGGCAUCAUAUACUGUCUGUCGCGGCGCGACUGCGAGAAUGUGGCAAGUGAUCUCGAGAGCAAGUACGGUAUCCGCGCGCGGCACUUUCACGCGGGCCUCAAUACCCAAGACAAGCUGCGCAUCCAAGAGGGCUGGGAAGCUGGCCAAUUCAAGGUGAUUGUUGCCACGAUCGCCUUUGGCAUGGGCAUUGACAAGGCAGAUGUGCGCUUCGUCAUCCACCAUUCCAUGCCCAAGAGCCUAGAGGGCUACUACCAGGAGACGGGUCGCGCGGGCCGCGAUGGGAAGCCGUCGGAGUGCGUCCUAUUCUGGUCAAUGGAGGACAGUCGCAAGCUCGAGAGCAUGAUCAAAGACUCGCCUGACGCAUCGCCGGAACAGAAGCGACUGCAGCUGCAGAGCCUCUCGCAGGUCAAGGCGUUCUGCCAGUCGCUGACCGAGUGCCGCCGCACCAACAUACUCAAGUACUUUGGCGAGCAGUUUGAUCCGGCCCUGUGCCGCGCUAGCUGCGACAACUGCCAGCGCACGCCGGCCCACUCUGUGGACAUGACGGUGGCCGCCAAAGACUUUGUGCGGAUGGUCAAGCUGAUCGCCAAGCCGCGUGCACGCGCCAACUUUACCAAGGUCCACUUCAUCGGCGUCUUCCGUGGCAGCUUGCGCAAAGACAUCAAGGACAAGGGACACCACUUGAACUUAUACCACGGUCGCGGCGCGUCAUUCUCUGACGAGCAGGUAAAGCGUCUCGUUGACUAUCUGCUCAGCCAGAAUGUGCUGGCCGAGUAUGAACACCGUGCAGCGUACCAGCGCUUCCCGAACUACUACGUGCAGUUGGGCCCCCGCGCGGCGGCCCUGCUCAACGACCAACUGAGUAUUCAGCUGGAUAUGCCGUCGUCGCCUCCGCCUACCGCCCGUCGCGUCGCGCCCCGUUCUCCGUCGCCCGAGUACGACGAGAUGGAUCUCACGACCAUAUCGCUGAGCCCAUCGGCGAAGCGUUCCAGCGCUAAGACGGCACGUCCUGCGAGUAACACCCGUGUGCAGAUUGCCGCGAUGCCAAUUUUAGGUACCACGUCCAUGCGUCGUGCGCACUAA